AGCAAACACAAAGGACUAAAACAAGCAAGGGAGCCGUUUCAAAGACACAUCCUGCCUAUUACUACUACUACUACUUAGCGCAACCCUUCAAAGGUUCAAACUUCAAAGUCGAGUUCCUUGUGUGUAUGAACUUGAUCAGUGAAAAGUGAAUUGAAUCACAGUUUAGGCUUGAUUGACAGCUCGUGCUUUAUAGUACAUUGGUGAGUGCAAGUGCAUCAUAAAGUAAGCCAUGGAUAGUGAGUGUGAGCCAAGGUUGAACCCUCCUCCCAAACCAACUGAGUUACAGGUUGAACUUCAUAAACCAGAAGUGCCUGAGGUAUCUCUGAUGUUUGACACAGAUGACAGCCUUGUUUGGCAGCGUCCUGGAUUGAAGAAAAACAAAAAUGGUUGUUAUAAUUCUCCAAAUCUUCAGCAAGAGAAUGCAAAGUCAUUUCAUCAUUAUUUGAAUAGUUCAUCUGCUAAAGGAACUCCACCUUUUGGCCACAUCUCAGGCUUGUCUGGAGAAGAAAACUCUCCCAACUUAGUCAAAGGUACUGACAAAUUUCCAAGUGGAAACAGAUCUAAUAGUAAUAUUGCUGAGCAUUUUCCAAAGUCACAGACCAGUUCUGAUAAUAUGUGGGGUAGUGCCAUACCUAAGAAGCAAUAUAAUCCCAUGCUUUAUAGUCCCUCUCAUAGAAUGUUGGAAAAAAACCCUACAGAGGCUCAAAGUAAUCUUGUGAAGUACACAAACCUUCCAGCUGCAAAAAGUGAAAAUAUUUGCAAGUCUCCAUUAGUUUCAAAUAAUAUUCAUGUUGAAGCAGAUGGUGAAGCCAUAUAUAACAAGACUGUAUCUGGUGUAAAGAAAGGGGUUCAUUUUGGUAACAUUGUCACUUCUUCUUCAGAACCAGUUACCAGACUAGAAUUUAUUCCAGAACUAACUUCAGUAAGUCACAGAGAAAGCUAUAAUAAUGUAGGUCCUCCUCAUGGCUCACAAGGUAAGGAACUUGCCACCAAUACUUUAGCAGGUGGGUACGGUCAUCAGUCCUACACUCAGCCCUAUUGUCGUCCUCCAUACCAGCCCUCAUCUGUAGGCAAGGACGUUAAACCAAUGGACUCGAAUGUUUACCAGUUAAUUGAAGAUCAAAAUCGUCACAUUAUUAAGCUUUACGAAACACUGGAAACCUUUUUGAAGAAAAAGGGGUCAGAUGAUGCCAAGGACAAUAAUAGCAAGAAAGAUGGUUCUGUUCAUCAGAAAAGAAAUGAUCAAGCAUGUAACUGCAGUUAUAGGCAUGUGUCUACACAGACAGUGACCUCAAAUAAUGCAAAUUUGCAAUCUGUAGGCACCAACACAGACAUUUCCUGGCCAGAUCUGUUAUCCACUAUUAAGCAAAAUGAACAGCCAUCAUCAGCUACUGGUGCAAUUAGAUUGCCUGCUAUGCAGAAAGAAAACAAUGAAGAAGAUUCACCAGCUGUCAAGGGAACGUUUUUUAAAUGGCAGGCACCGGAGAGUUUCAGACUUGAAGAAAACUGGAAGCGAAAGAAAAGAGAUCUCAUUUACCAUGAGAGAAGUUGUCAUGGCAUCCAUACAGGAGUACCAACCAAGCCCUGA